CUCUGAGCUGUGGAGGCAGAAGGCAGGGUCAGACUGGAGGCCUGUACUGGUCCCAGCCCCACCUGUGGGAGGAUCCCCCAGCUGCAGGAGGAGACGGAGGGUGGGGGUGAGGCUUUCCGCAGCAAUGCCCCUGUGGGUGGGUGAGGGGCCCUCUGAAGGUAAGCCACGCUGGGGCCAGGACCUGAAACAGCCUCCCGGGGUGAGGAUGCCUGGGGUGAAGGUUAUCGGGGCACACGGGGUGAGAGGGGUGGGCGAAGGUGAGGACUGGGAGGCAGAUGGGGGAUCAGGCUGGACCACACUUCCCGUGGGCUUGGCCAAGGCUGGAGGGAGUUGUUUAAGGAGCACUUGGGAUCCAGGGAGGACUGGAUUCUUUCUUUUCAUCACUUUCUCGCUUUCCCUCUUCCUCCUUCUCUCUUCCUUCUCUCCUUCCCUCACUCUGUCCUUUUUACAGCUUUAUUGAGGUAUAAUUAAAUACCAUAAAACUCACCAGUCACAUUUGAGCUUUUAAACCAGUUCAUGGGGUUCUGCAACCAUCACCGCAAUCCAGCUCUAGACCAUCCACACCCACGAAAAUUCCCUCGUGCCCAACUGCUGUCACUCCCCGGUCCCAGUCUCUUUCCAGGACGGCACUGACCUGCUUUCUGUCUCUGUACACUUGCUUUUCUGGAAAUUUCCUAUAGACGGCAGGUGCAUGGGACAGAGCGUUUCGCAUCAGCCUUCCGGGUCUGCGCUUCCCAGCGCUCCGACAGCAUCAGCGGCGCUGGGUGUUCCGUUCUAAGGCUGACUGCUCGGCCGCUGGCCUUUUGGAUUGUUUCCAUUUGGCUGAUAUGAGCAGAGCGGCCGUGAACUUCCGCGCACGUGAACCUCAGUCCUCAUAGGUUCCUGGCACUGGCAUUGUCCGGUAAACUUACGCGUAGCUCUGAAAGAACCGCCGGACUGCUUUCCAAAGUGGCCGUGCUGAUGUUACGUCGAAGACUGUCUCUUCCAUGGCAGGAAAGAGAGGCUGGCGAUGCAAGACAGAGGGAGGCCAGAGGCGGAGGAUGGGUGGAGGGCUCCCGCGCUCUGGCGGCUGCUCUUCCGCGUGCUCUCGCCGGGACCGCCAGACGGCGCCUCGGCCUCACUCUCUCUGGAGGCCCAGGCCCGCUCGGUGAAGUCAGCGCUGCGCUCCCAGGGCUACCCUAGCCAGGCGCUGGCACAGCUCCCGGACAACGGCUCCCAGGGCAGCCGCCAGCUGCUGCUGGCCCUGGCCUGGCUCCUGGCCCGCGGGCCCCUGCUUGAGCAGCUGCUGGCCCAGAGCCGCGUGCGGCUGGGUGAUGAGAUGCCUGUGUGCGAGUGUGAGGCCCUGGCCAGCCCUGGCCCGCCUGCUCCCGGGAUGGGAGAAGCCGGCCACGUGGACAUCCGUCACCUGCAGUGGUUGAUGGGGAAGCUGCGGUUCCGGUGGCGAAAUCUGAUGGCCAGUCAGCAGGAGCAGUGUGCCCUCCUGGGCCAGAUCCACUUAUACACCCGUGGCUGCCACAGCGACCGCAGUCUUGGCCACCUGUCUGUCACUGAAACGGAGCUGCUCAGGGACCCGGAGGGUGGCCGGCAGUUGCUGCGGAGGCUGGAGAGCGAGAACGCACGUCUGGAGGCCGCCCUGGAGUGGCGGCGCCGGGAGCAGGUCUUCUGGCAGUGGAUGGACACGGUCCUGGGUGCCUCACAGCCCACGUUUCUGCCCAGGAGCCCCGAGCCAGGGGCUCGAGAGUUGGAGCCGGUGGCACGGGAGCUGCAGGCUCUGUGGGAGCAGCUGCAGGAAGCCGUGGAGGCCCGGCGGGCGGCCUGGGAGGCCAGGCAUCCUCAAUUGCAGGUUGGAGACCGCGGGCCAGCGUGGAGUGCUGCGAGGCGGGCCCUGGACGAGGUGGUGGGACAGGACCUGGCUGCUCUACAGCGGGCUUGGGAGCCAGGCGGGGGCCUGACCCAGCCCCACGGGCCCCGCCGGUUGGUGAGGACGGAGGCCGGGGCGCCUGGGGGCCCGGGCCUGCGGGCCCCUGAGGUGAUCGAGGCACUAAGGACCCAGGAGGCCCACUUGGAGGUGGUGCUGCGCCAGCUGCAGGGCCACUGUCGGCAGGAGCUGGCCAGGCUGGCGAGAGCCCUGCCCGGCCUCAUCUGGAUCCCGCCACCUGGACGCUGAGGGCAGCCGACUGCAGGCUGCGUGGCCUCGGCCUACACGGACGGACACACAGCCCGAGGUGCCCUCACUCUGAGCCCUCGGGCUUCCCCCACUUUGGGCGGAGCCAGCACGGGCUCUGCCACCGAGGAGCUCUUGGCAGGCUCACUGCGGUGGCCGUGGGCGUUCAGGAUCCAGAGAGGCCCCAGAAGUAGAUGUCCCUCUGCCACCCUGCCAGCUCUCUGCUCUGGGAGGGGCUGCUCCCCUCAGGCCCAGGGGAGGGGCCCCGGGGCAGCGCAGGCUCACUGGGCCAGGUGGGGGCUGCCUGCGGCUGGAGGGUCUGGCAGGGCCAGCAGCGCAGGGUGGGCAUCAGGGCCCUGGGGCAGGAGAUGGCUUGGCUGUAACCUUGAACUCACCCUGGGCCAGCCCUGUGCCUGCAGAGUGUGUGUGUGUGGUUUGUGGUGUGCGUAUGGUGUGUGUGUGGGGGGGCAGGGGUGCUAGAUGGGAGUCUGGGGGAGGAGGAGGGGACGCUGCUUCUGGUGGGGGAGGGGCGGCCCCCAGGGACAGAGAGGCUUUGUUCCUUCGGCUCAGGGAGUUGCGCUCUGCGUUGACAAAGAGUGGACUGUGUCUGUGUGUGUGUGUGUGCCCGCCCGGAACAGGCUCCGUCCCCCCAGGAGUCCCCGCACAGCAGGCACAGGGCUCAGCUCUGCCUCCUGCCAGGCGCUCUUCACAGGGCCCACCCUGCGGCUGCGGAGCCCCCAGAGCCCCCCACGGCCGGCUCAGGCCCGAGGUCCAGCCCCGGGGCCCCCAGGGCCCUCUCUCCUUGGCUUUUCCCAUCCUCCUGAGGGGUGCGCGGCUCCCCGCCCUGGCACCAGCUCCUCUGGGCCUCCUUUGUCCUAGGGCACAGCUGUGGCCCCUCUGAGCUGCUGGCCUCCGGAGUGCUCCCUUUGAGGAGUGCUUCCCUGACUCCGUUGCCCAGAGGGACCCUGCUGGCCCCAGUUGGCGGCCGGGGCACGCUGGACCGGGCCCUCCACCUGCCUGACUCCUGCCGGCCGGGACCCUUGUCUGGAAACAGGCCCUGUCUGCCUUCUGUGGGCUCCGUGCGCCUGGGGUGGCUCUGGGGACUUGCGCUCCCGGAGCUCCAUGUCGUGGGCCUGCCGCUUCUCAGACUGGCCUGUAGAUUCAAUACACAGUUGCAGUCAAA